UAUUAAUCAGGGUCGGAACACAAUUCGUUGCAGAAAACCCCUCCGGCAGAGCAGCUCCCGUAGCGAGGGCAGGAUGAACGGGACGGAGGGGAUCAAUUUUUACGUGCCUAUGUCCAACAAGACGGGGGUGGUGCGGAGCCCCUUCGAGUACCCGCAGUACUACCUGGCUGAGCCCUGGAAAUACCGCCUCGUGUGCUGCUACAUCUUCUUCCUCAUCUCCACCGGCUUCCCCAUCAACUUCCUCACUCUCCUGGUCACCUUCAAGCACAAGAAGCUCCGGCAGCCCCUCAACUACAUCCUGGUCAACCUGGCGGUGGCUGACCUGUGCAUGGCCUGCUUUGGUUUCACCGUCACCUUCUACACCGCCUGGAACGGCUACUUCGUGUUCGGCCCCACCGGCUGCGCCGUGGAGGGAUUCUUUGCCACGCUGGGAGGCCAGGUCGCCCUGUGGUCCCUGGUUGUCCUGGCCAUCGAGCGCUACAUUGUCAUCUGCAAGCCCAUGGGCAACUUCCGCUUCUCCGCCAGCCACGCCAUCAUGGGCAUCGCUUUCACCUGGGUCAUGGCCAUUUCCUGCGCCGCCCCGCCGCUCUUCGGCUGGUCCAGGUACAUCCCAGAGGGGAUGCAGUGCUCCUGUGGGCCCGACUACUACACCCACAACCCCGACUUCCACAACGAGUCCUACGUGCUCUACAUGUUCAUCAUCCACUUCAUCAUCCCCGUCGUCAUCAUCUUCUUCUCCUACGGGCGCCUCGUUUGCAAAGUCCGCGAGGCAGCUGCCCAGCAGCAGGAAUCAGCCACGACCCAGAAGGCAGAGAAGGAGGUGACGCGGAUGGUGAUCCUCAUGGUGCUGGGCUUCAUGCUGGCCUGGACGCCCUACGCCGUGGUGGCGUUCUGGAUCUUCACCAACAAGGGCGCCGACUUCACGGCCACGCUGAUGGCAGUGCCUGCCUUCUUCUCCAAGAGCUCCUCCCUCUACAACCCCAUCAUCUACGUGCUCAUGAACAAACAGUUCCGUAACUGCAUGAUCACCACGAUCUGCUGCGGCAAGAACCCCUUUGGGGAUGAAGAAACCUCCUCCACCGUAUCCCAGAGCAAGACCGAGGUCUCCUCCGUCUCCUCCAGCCAAGUAUCACCUGCAUAGAGCAUGGACAGUUUGAACUGGG